CAUAGCACCAGUAAAGUCUGAUAUUGGUCCUCUGACGUCAUCAACACUCUUGUUUUCUAUUUGCGGUUGGAAUCAGAAACAAUUUUUAUAUGAGUGGUGUUGGUCACUGUUUUUAUCUUCUAUCAAUUAUAAAUGCUUUAAAGCUACAUGCUCUAAAGUAUCAGUUAAAAUUGUCAUGCAUUUUUGCUUAAAAAACAUUUGUCGCUAUCUAUUCUAAUGACAUCAUUAUUUGUAAGAAUUUGUAACUUUUGUCUAGAUUUCAGUCCUUUUUUGUCGCAGGUGCGCAAUGACUGAAGCUGUUGAAUAGUGAUGAAAAAAUCAAUUUUUGAAGAGAUUCAUAUUAGCUUAUUGACGCUAUUUUGCAAAUAUUUUGUUUUGACUGUCAGAGGAAACGAGCUUACUUUCGAUGUAUCGGAAAAAUAUAUCAAAUUUACGUCCGAAUCUUGUAGCAGAUGUCAAAUUAUUAAUUAAUCACCUCUAAAUUGCCAAACAUACCGGCGGCAUCAUGGCAGGCGUGGGUGAUGAAAGUGCUCCUCAUAUUCAAGUUAAAUUAACUACUAAGCAAGAGCGAUAUGCGGUGCCAGAUACGCCAUUCUCAGUUCCUAUCACCAUUGGUCAUGACGAGCUCAAUAGCUUGAUCAACAGUCUGAGAAGUGAAACGACAGAAGGAUCUGCUGAUGCUGAGUUCGACUUUCUUAUCCAUGGCGAAUUUCUUCGCCAGUCGGUCAGUGAGUUCCUGGUGGAAAAGGGUAUAUCUUCGGAGGCUGAAGUGGAAAUUGAGUAUGUGGAAAAGGCUUCACCCCCAGAACCAGAAGACAGCCUUAUGCAUGAUGAUUGGGUGUCGGCUGUGGAGGCAUCUUCGACACUGCUCCUGUCUGGCUGCUAUGAUUCAACAUUGCACCUGUGGACGCCAACCGGCGAGCACAAGCUGACCAUACCAGGUCACACAGAGCCUGUGAAAGAUGUGUGCUGGAUAAGCCAUGAUGAGGACAUCUCUACCUUUGCGAGCAGUAGUAUGGACCAGACUGCACUGCUAUGGAAGUACAGUCACUCUGGAAACAGCAUUCAGUGUGUAACUGUCUUCCAAGGACAUUCCAAGAGUGUAGACUGUGUAGCGGGUCAGAAUACUGGCAAUCUUCUGGCCACAGGGUCAUGGGACUCGACCAUCCACAUCUGGAACACUGCUGCAGCUCCAGAUGACUCCAAGGAGCUGCAAGUCAAGAAGAAGAGGAAAACAGUUGGGAAAGCUCCUGUUGCAACCCCAACCAUGACACUGUCAGAGCACAAGCAAGGAGUAUCAUCUCUAGCCUGGCUUUCACCCUCAGAACUGGCAUCAGCAUCGUGGGACCACACCAUCAAGCUCUGGGAUGUGGAGCUGGGGGGCAUGAAAAGCCAACUUGCAGGCAACAAGGCAUUCUUCAGCAUAUCAGCAUCCUCAGUGAAUCACACCCUUCUGGCAGCCUCUGCGGACCACUAUGUCCGUCUGUAUGACCCAAGGUCCAGUGAGGGCAGCAUUGUGAAGUGCAUGUACUCGUCCCACAAGGGCUGGGUGACUGACGUCUGCUGGAGCUCAGACAGGGAGUACGAGUUUGUGUCAUCAGGUCAGGACAUGAUGGUGAAGCACUGGGACUCCAGGGGCACAAAGGCCCCUCUUUAUGACCUGCAGGGUCACAGUGACAAGGCGCUCUGCUGUGACUGGUCGAACCCAGAGAGGAUAGUCAGUGGAGGCGCAGACAACGCUGUCAAGGUCUUCUCCAUCCGCAAAUAAAUGAAGUGACUGUGA